AGAAUACCAUGUAAAUUGCAUCACCUACUGGUCUUGCAUACCCAAUGAGUUCUCCAUGGUUCUCAAUAAAGGCGUUCUCAUCCACACAGGAAGCCCCAAGGUAUAAAAGUGGCUCUCUUGCUGAUAUCAGCAGCCAGUCAGUGUCUCAAAUCCGUGAUCAGUGUCUCAUCCCAGUGGAGAAGAAACAUCUUGUGAAACCAUGAAGGCAGUGUUGAUCCUUGUGACUCUGGCACUGUCCACCCUCGAUGCAGCCACAAUAUAUUACACACCACCCUAUUCAUACGUCCUCAAUAGCCCAUACGCCCUCACCUAUCCCUACUACACGACGAAUCCUGGCGUGGUGCUCUCCUACGCCCCUGUUGCCGACACUACCACCAAACACCACCGGCCUGGUCACGAGGGUCAAGACACCAAUAACAAUGGAUCUCGCGAACCUGAGGAUGACGAUAGUCCCAAUGGACCUGAACCCACAACCCAAAGACCAUCAUUGCCCCUACUCUAUCACUGGAGUCCAUAUUCGAUUCUUCCUUCGACACUUGCCAUCCCAUCAGCGUCUCAGUAUCACUCUCAGGACCAACUAGGUCAAUACCAUUACGGAUAUUCUAAUCAGCACAGUUCAAAAAGUGAACUUAAGACGGCUGAUGGCAUCACAAGAGGAGCUUAUACUUAUAUCGACAGCAAUGGAAAAUUGCAAUCUGUGAAUUAUGUUUCGGAUGGCCUGGGCUUCCGGGUUGCGGCCACAAAUUUGCCAAAACCAGCCCCAAUUGCGGAUUCCCCGGAGAUUGCAGCAGCACGUCAGGAGCACUUCCAGGCUCAUCGUGAGGCUAUGGAACGCCUGGCAGCCGCUCAGCAGUCCAACAGUGGUGAAAGGCGCUCAGAGGACAGGGAACAACCACCCCAGGAGCCAGAGCACAGCAACGGCCACAAUGAAUAGAACAAUGGAAUGAUUUCAAUUAAAACAGAGCCCUAGCCCCAUGUGCCACCAUCCCCUCUUUACCAUUCCGCCUACCAGCCAGAACUGAUGAUGACGAAAGACGGCAACAAUACGGAAAUUAAUAUGGUAAAUCUCUCUCUAGGCCAUGUAAACGGCCUUUCAACCCUCAUCCUCCAGUCACUUUGCUUGAAGAUCCACGGAAACGUUAUUAUAUGGAAAUAAAUGUGUAAUAAAAUCACAGAAUUGUACAA